UCGUUCCCUGUCCCCCCCCCCGCAGAACAUGGCGGAAGACAUCAAGGACAAGCUGGAGCGGUACCGCACGGCGCCGUUCGACGCCCGUUUCCCCAACCAGAACCAGACCAAGAACUGCUGGCAGAACUACCUGGAUUUCCAUCGCUGUCAGAAGGCCCUGACGGCCAGAGGGGCUGACAUCACUCCAUGCGACUGGUACAAGCGAGUGUAUAAAUCCCUGUGCCCCGUGUCCUGGGUAACUAAAUGGGAUGAACAAAGAGAGGAAGGAAACUUCCCAGGAAAGAUCUGAGCAGCAUUCCAUAGGAAGCCGUGUCCAAACCCAUCGUGUGGGACAAGGGAAUGGGUGCAGACUGGUCCUCCAGAAAUUCCGAGCGCCCCUCUUGUGAACGACGGCCAUCGAGGAUUGUACAGAUUCCUUCAUUUUUUUGCUUUCCAGCCUUGUAGUCUCAGGCAAUAAAAUCCUACAGAAAUGAA